UUGAGUUUUGUUCAUGUAUUGCGUACGUAAGUACCGCAUCUGGUAUCGCACCUAUAGCUAAAUCUUAAAAAUAAAUAAAAUUGUUAUUGCCAUGACGACUAUUUAUCGAGUAAAUAAUUCAGUAUUCAUAUUCAUAAAGUACUCAGUUUUAUAUUAAAAAUUAGGUGUUCGUAAUUUCUUUUGAAUAUGAAUUUAGAUACUACGGACGAAGGGGUACAAGCAGAUAUUCUAGAGUCGAUAAACGAAGAGCCGACCUUGAAAAUUAGACCUCUUGAACGUAUUAAGCUCCAUCCGAAAGUUCCCAUAGAGCCGUCUGCUUAUGGCAAAGGAAAGAAUUUCAGCCGACCUUGGAUUCUACAAGAUGGACGAGAAGUACCUGAGCAAGGCAGCGAAAUGCGCGAUAAUUACAGGGUGCCUAAAAAAUGCACACACGGAGAAGGUAUCCGUAAACGAAUGCUUACGGAUUUUUUUUGGGAACAAAUGUUGGAUGAAGUUAUUAAUGAAUUGGCAACUUCUCAGCCAGUUAUGGAGUAUUGCACUGAGCAUGAUGCUAAUUAUGUAAAAGAAAAUUUUGAACCGCGUAACUUAGAAGUUACGGCAGAUAAAAAAAUGCAUUUGAAAUAUCCUCUAUAUGGAACUGGUUCGAGUGCAAUUACUUUUUACAGCGAAACAAUAAAGAAAACUGGGCCCGGGGAAAUAUUGGAGAAAUUUCGAAGGUGUCAAUACUUCACGAAGCCAAUGGAAGAAAGAAUGGAUGAUGGUUGGGUUUUGUAAUAUUUUUUGUACGUACACACGUUUGGUUAAUGAUAAAUUUACAAUAAUAAAAAGUGUUCAUCAUUAUUUUCUUUGUUCCUUCAAAAAUCAUCAUUCUGAUCAAAAUAAAAAAAUAGCACAUACAGACAAAACAUUAGACGGUCUUGUCGCUACAGUAAUGUUUUAUAUAAACAACCUUGCGCGGUGGACGUGGAUGUCCAUUAUUGGUGGAUUAAGCCCAUCAGCGGCCCGGAGAAGCGAAGCUAAAUGAGGCCCCAGUAUAAGUUAAUAAGAAGUUGAUGUAAUUUUGGAAGCUUUAUAUUUUAGUUCACAUUUGUGUGUAUAAGUAUUUGUUUAUUUAGUAAAAAAUCUUGCAAAUGAAAUUUUAUAUUAGAUUUAAAUAAAUAGAUUUAGA